AUGAAUCAGAUCCCUACAGCAUUGAAUGAAGAGGUACCGUUAUUUGAGAACUCGAGCUCUUCCCAAGACAAGGAAACUUUGGAAGGAGUAGCUGAUGUAUAUUCCAUCAUAGUAGCAUUGGAUUAUGUUGAAAAGGCGUAUCUGAGAGAUUCUAUAAGUAGUACCCAUUACACGCAGUCAGUGAAUAAAUUACUAGCACAGUACAAGACCUAUAUGAGUAUGCCAGAUAUAUCCGAAUAUGUAGGGGAUCUCCAUGAUUUUAAAGAAAAGUACAAUAUAAUUGCCUCUAAUGCUAUAACAAGAUUAGAAAGAGGUAUUCCCGUCACGGUUGAGCAUGCAAUUGAUAUAGAUACGAACAACGACGGUUCAAAUGGCUCAUUGGAGUCAAAGAGCCAAGGAGGGAAAUAUAAUGCUAAAAAUGUAGCAGAAGCCACAGGAAAUUUUAUUACAAUUAUGGAUGCCUUAAAACUCGAUUACAAAGCAAAGGAUCAAUUACACCCAUUAAUGGCCGAACUUUUGCUUAGCAUUAAUAGGGUUACAAAUCAUGAUUUUGAAAAUAGAUCAAAACUGGUCGAGUGGAUAGUAAAAAUCAACAAAAUGAAGGUAGAAGAAACAUUAGAUGAACAUGAAGUAAGAGAGUUACUAUUUAUACUUAAUCAAGCAUACAAGAGUUUCUAUUCUUUAUUAGGGUGA